ACUGCUUUCUUCCCGUAUUGUGUACUGGAUCUCACGUUUAUCCCGCCAAUUUCUCAAAAAAUUGCCUUUGUUCUGAUCUACCAAAUAAAAAUAACAUUAUGAAUUCUCCAAGUGCGAGAUCUCCGAUGAAUUCUCCGAGUGCAAGAUCACCCUCAUAUCGACAUAUUGCUAUAAAGCACAAACAUUCUCCAAUUGAACUCAAAGAAAAGAUGAGGAAGACUUAUAAAGAUAAAGUUCAAAAUUGUCGAAAUAUGCUUCUGAACAGGCUCCGUGGCACUGAAACGGACCUACGGGAAACAUUGACUGAUAUCUAUAAAAGUAUGUUUAACUUCUCUGCGGAAACAACAAUCACUGACGAAGAAAAUGAAAUUAUGGAAGAAAUAAGGAAUGAAUUGGUUCAGGAGGAAUUACAGUGGUGGCUUGAAGAACAUGAAAAAUCACAGGCUGAAAAUGUGGACUGGUCUAUGAUAGAACAGGAAGACAAUGUAAUAUGCCCAGUGUGUCAAAAAGAUAACUUAAAACUUGAUUUCGGUACUUUGACUUGUUUGCUAUGCAGUUUUAAUAUUCAAACACAAAAGUCUUUAGUAGAAAUUAAGAAAUCCCUGAACAACUGUAUUGAAGCACAUGGGGCUUUAUGCAAUAAUCAAGUUCUGUUUACUACUGUUACUGAAGUGAAUGAGAGCCAUAUUUACCUCAUUUGCGACAGCUGUAUGGAAAUGCGACUAGUUGUAUAAAA